CGAUGUGUACUUCAAAGACUCAAAAAGCUGCAGUGUACGCUUCUAGUAACUUUCGAGUGGGUUGCAACCUGUUAUACCUUGUGGACGCUAGAGCUCCUGUAAGAGUGGUAGACUUCCACGCAGCGUCAUGGUCACAAUGCUGCCGAGGACCGCACGUUGUACGUCAUCCAUCCCUGCCUAGUAACGUGACACUAACCAGUCUCCAAAAAUGGAGUCCGGAUUCAAGUCCUUUCUACGGAAGCUCCGGCGGACCAAGCCUCUCGGCACGGACCUUCUGGAGACGUCGCUCAACCGAUGCCUGUCCACCUUCGACAUCACACUGCUGGGCAUCGGGCACAUGAUGGGCUCCGGUAUUUACGUCCUGACCGCCACCGUGGCCAAGUCCGUGGCUGGUCCGGCUGUGGUUCUCUCCUUCCUCAUCAGCGGCGUGGCUUCCCUGCUAGCCGCCUUCAGCUAUGCCGAAUUCGGUGUCCGCUUUCCCAAGGCUGGAUCGGCUUACUCUUACACAUACCUGGCAGUUGGCGAGUUCUGGGCCUUCCUGGUCGGCUGGAACGUGGUCCUCGAGAAUGUCAUCGGGCUAGCUGCCGUGGCUCGCGCAUGCAGCGCCUACGUGGACUCGCUGCUGGGCAACGUGAUCAAGACGUGGACUGCGGAUCAUGUGGGCCGGAUACACGCCACCUUCUUCUCCGAGGAGCCGGACCUGUUCGCGUUCAUUUUCAUCGUCGUGUUCGUCGUCGUCAUGUCCUUGGGUGUGCGGGCCUCGUCGCACAUCAACAACAUCUUCUCCAUCGUCAACAUCGGCAUCGCGCUGCUCAUCGUCGCCGUGGGCUCGUAUUUCGCCAAGACCGAGAACUGGACCAACCCGGCGACCGGCGGCUUCAUGCCGUACGGCUGGCACGGGGUGCUUGCCGCCUCGGCGUCCUGCUUCUACGCAUACAUCGGCUUCGACUCGAUUGCCACGUCGGGCGAGGAGGCGAGCGACCCGCAAAGAUCUUUACCGCUCGCCACGUUCAUCUCGAUGAGCAUCGUGACCGUCGUGUACGUGUCGAUCUCGACGGUGCUGACGCUCAUGGUGAACUACACGGAGAUUACGAGCGAGUCUGGCCUACCUGACGCGCUCGCGGCCAACGGUGCCACAUGGGCUAAGGUGAUCGUUAUCAUCGGAGCGGUGUGCGGCAUGGUGACUGUCCUGAUGGGCAACGUGUACGCCCUAACGCGCAUCGUGUACGCCAUGGCCGAGGACGGCCUCCUCUUCUCCUGGUUCUCGCGCGUCCACCAGAGAACGCAGCUGCCGCUGGCCGCCAUGUACGCCUUCACGGUGCUGUCCGCCUUCCUGGCCAUCUUCCUGGACAUCCACACGCUGGUCGAGAUGAUGUCCAUCGGCACGCUGCUCGCCUACCUAGUGGUCAGCGCCUCGCUCAUCAUCGUGCGAUACAUGCCCGUCUCGAGACUUAUGGGCGAAGAAAAUCAGGAACCGCCGGACAUGACGAAGCCUUGCUUCUCGGACAACGAGGGCGUCUUCGACGGAGCCGGCGACGUGGCCGGUCGGCUGCGGGCCACCUUCUCGUUCCUGCACCGGCUGUACCCUUUCAACCAGCCGCCCGGUAUCGUGGUCUCGUACUGCAUCACCACGCUCACUCUGGACGUCUUCCUUCUGAGCUUCCUGACCCAGUUGCUGCUGGAGCCCAUAGCGGCCGGCAGCUUCUGGGCCAUACUGCUCGUGGUGCUCCUCUCCCUGGUGGCCCUGUUCUGCUUCGUCGUCAUACUCAUGCACCAGCAGUCCACCACGCUGUUGCACUACAAGAUGCCACUGGUGCCACUGUUGCCUACCUUGAGCAUCAUCAUCAACGCCACGUUGAUGACCACGCUGCAACCGCUAACGUGGGUUCGACUGCUGAUAUGGGUCGCCGUAGGUAAGUUACUCAGAUAUAUCACAUUUGUCAGCUUGACCCAGGACACUGCGCCUUGUGUUAUUGAAGUGAAGAUUAUGUUGGACCUCCUGCUGGUACCCUCUAACGUGUAUCUCGUACUUGUUCCACUUGCGCAGGAGAGUGCGCCGGUGUGCUUCGCGGCCGACACGGCGCAGGAGCAGCAGUCGUGGGGCGAAGAGCUCCGCAGGAGGACGCAAGCGUGCUCCCUCAGCAUCCAGGGCCUGAACCUCGAAGGAUGCUCCAACUACCCAUCUGCGCCAGGAGUUCAAAGCAAGGUUCAACAGGACGAGAAUGUGCUCGCGCAAACUCUGGAACUUCUCGACGAACUACUCAAGAAAAAGUCUGAUGGCAAAAAGCUCAAGAAAGGAGAUGAGUCUAUGGGCAUGUCCCAGGACGUGGAGGAGGUGGAACAAGCCUCCAUCAUGGCUCACCAGGAGGCGCUCCGCAAGGCCACCCACCUGAGGCAACGAAAGAUAUCCACUGAGCUCAAGGUUUAA